CUAAGUCCUCAGAGAUCAACAAAUAUCUUGGUCCUCGUGGCGAGUUCUGGUGGUCCCCUGGGGGACAUAAGUACACUACAAUCCCUUUAGCGGGAAGCAGGAGAACAAGUUGUAGAACGUCCUCAUCGCCAAAUGGGCAACAGAACGUCGAAAAUAACGCGACUGCUCAGCAAAGUCAGACGACCGCGGCCUCUCCUAGCAGUGCACAAGCAAAUAAUGCUUUUGUCGAUGUCGAAAAAGGCAGUGGACAAGAGGAAACUAGUACAAUAUCUACGACUAAGACUAAACAAGGCACAACUUCUACUACAUUUCAACCACUUUCUCGUGGUUCACCUCCUGUUGUUGGACCACAAGGGACAACUACAACAACGAGGGAAAUUGAGGAGGUCCUCGACAGUCCUAAGAUGCUCUGGAGGGAGUCUCCAUCGUAUUUCGCUAGGGCGUUGGCAGAUCCAGAUGGUGCGGCAGCAAGGCAGAGGGCACUACUGGAAGAGGUGGAGCCAGGAGUUAGGCGAUUGCCUGUGAUUGAUACAGCCACAGGAGGCGCGUCUCCAUCUUUGUCUUUGCAGCAACACAUGACUGUGAGCACUAAUCCAGCUGCUGGUGGCACGGCGCAGGAAGUUGGGCGGGACGCAGAAGUACGAGUAGGAGUAGGAGGUGUAAAUAAGAAAAACACUUCUACGAGUGGAGGCACAGCAGGUGAACAAGGAGGACUCAACGCAACUACGAGUACAACUACUUCCUCCGGAGGUAGUUGUACUGGUCCCACUCGACGCACAUCCACUCCCGCAGAGACAGCUCUACAGCACGAGCGCGUCGCUUUCUUGUCAAGCGACAACGAAGGAUUGACUCACGACGCUUUUGUGCUGAAAGAUACUAGGUCACAAGGGAGUAGUUCGGUUGCAACCAGCGAAGAUUCAGCUUGUGGUCUCCUAAAAACCAGUGGGACAUCAACCGCACUUUUGACUAAGAUCGAAGAAGCAGACAUCGAGCACGACCCGCCUCCAGCACCAGUGACAGGUGGACUUAGUCGUAUAAAGAGGAAAGACUCAGAGACGAUUUUGAGGACGAGUCGGUUUCUCAACGAGGGUGGUGGAAAUGAUCCUCCUGAUGGUGGGUCGUCAUCCUCUUCUGCGUCAGGUUCGGGAUCAGCUGAAAGUUCUGCGGCGAGUGCGUCUGGCGCAUCCUCUGCUGGUUCGUGUGCAUCCUCUCCUCGCGGUGAGGAGUCGAAGAAAGACCUCCGUAGUUCUGAGCAUGAGAACAAAAGCAAACAGACGAGUCAACAUCCCGGUGAAGAGCCUGCGUGUUCCUCUUUCGAGUCUAAGAGUGGUCGUGUUAUAACACCAGCAGCGGGAAAUAAAGGAGAUGCUGCUGCUGCAGGUGACGCUCCGGCUCAUCCAGUAACGGCUUCAACAUCAACUUCUUCAAUAGUAAAAUCUUCUUCCUCGUCUACUAGCUCCGCAGAGUUCAAACGCGAUCCGAUACGUGCGCUUUUCGCUCAUAAGGAUCUGAAGGGGAUGACAGCUUUCAUGCUUGGUGUGCGGAGGCACCAUAUUGGUCUCGUGCACUUCUUGUUGAAGCAAUACUUAUGGCCCGUGGAGAGGUGCAGGAUCAUGACUAGUCACUGUAUUUACUUGUUUUACCAUUUUGUUUUUCAUCUUCCAGGAGAUUGAUGAUCAUGAAUUUUACGACUAGAACUUCUAAGUACAUCAUCAUGCUGAAUCCAUCGUAACCUCAGUUACCUCUGUCUUCUAACCCUGGCCAACGGUAAAUACGCGAAGGAACUCGUUCUCGCUGUCAACGAAUAUGCCGGAAACGAAACCGCCUUUAUGCUGACAGCAAAGCUGGGAUUUGAAACCAUCCUGUCACUCAUUUUAUCCUGUUGUCAGAAGGGGAUGCCGUUAGAAGACCUCGACAUCUGGACCGACUUGUUAAAUGCCCGCAACACGGAGGAAAAGUCCGCAAUUAUGCUGGCAUGUCAAUACAACCGAGUCGAAAUUGUUAGGCUUUUGCUGCAUUUCGGGCGUGGACGUUACAAAUUGAG